UAGAGGGACUUAAGCAUCUCCCCCUUCUCUUCUCGAGAAGAACAUCGCAGGUCCGAUCCUUCCUCUCUUCGUUGUAUUAGUUGGCUGAUUCCCAUCUACGACAACCGGAGAGAUUCGUAGCAGCUCUUGCCGCCUUCAUCUACGUCUUCUCCAGAAGAACAGAACCGGAGAAGGAGCCAGGAGCGGAUGGAGGGAUUUAGGUGUACCUCCCUGUGAUGGUGUUUGUAUUUGUUUAUCACUGGGUUUGCUACUGCUCUUAGUCGCCAUCUGGAUUUAGUUUCCGCCAUCGACGUCCUGGUCCAGUUGGAAGAACUACAGCGACCUAUCUACGAGGAGUCUGAUAUCUAUUUGGAGAUUAUCUCAUAGCCAUCACGGGUGCUUGAGUGCUACAUAAUCUUUCUUGUAUGUAGGUUCACACAUAAGAACAGAUUUCAAUCACAUUGGAAGCUCAAUGCCUGUAGACAGAGGAGGAAACCCUCAAUGGAUCCCUGGUCUCCACCCAGACAAUAAUACCCAGAAAGCACAGCUUCCCGGACUGCUACCACUGUUCCCUGGAGACGCCAGUUGCAUCAUUAUAUCCUGAUUGGACAAGCUCUCUUCUGGCUUAUUAUAGUGCUGCUGCUACACCUCUCUUCUUUUCAUCAACUGUUGCUUCUCUUACUCCCCAUACCUAUAUGUGGGGAGGCCAGGUGAUUUAUGCCUAUUCAAAUCAUUAAUUAAUGUUAUACAUAAAUUUUCACACAUCUUAAAUGGUUUAACAUGGAGGUAACACUUAAUCUGCUUGUGUUGUGUUUCUAAUUUAGCCUCUAAUGUCGCCAUAUGGGACUCCGGUUUCAUAUCCUGCUAUGUAUACUCGUCGUGUAUUCUAUACCCCCUUUUUAUUAAUAUUUUAAAAAAUAGUAUAGCAAAGGCAUCGUUUGGUUAGAAAAAACCGAUGCUAAUACUCUUUUCUUUUAAAUUAAUAAAAUAGCUAAGGCAUCAGUUGUUUAGAAACAACCGAUGCUAAUACUCUUUUUUUAAAAUUAAUAAAAUAGCAAAGGCAUCGGUUGUUUAGAAACAACCGAUGCUAAUACUCUUUUUUUUAAAUUAAUAAAAUAGCAAAGGCAUCGGUUGUUCAGAAACAACCAAUGCUAGUACUCGUUUUUUAAAAUCAAAAAAAUAGCAAAGGCAUAGGUUGUUUUUGAACAACCGAUGCUAAUACUCUUUUUUUUUAAAAUUUAUAAAAUAGCAAAGGCAUCGGUUGUUUAGAAACAACCGAUGCUAAUACUCUUUUUUUAAUAAAAUAACAAAGGCAUCAGUUGUUUCCGAAGCGAUCCAAUUGAAUUGGACCAAUUGCAUCACUUGUAUUUACAUCGGUACAAAACCGAUGCUAAAGCUAUAAAACAAUCGGUGCCUUUGCCCUUUUAUGUACUAGUGACACAUGCUCAAAGUUAACUAUGGGUUUGCAGCACUCUUUUUCAAAAAUGCUUAGACUAUGCUGCUAUCUAUCGCCUUCUGCGUCGAAGCUCUUGCCCCUCCCAACUUGCAGAUUCGCAAAGGUCAAGUUUUUCCGGGUAAGGGCGUUUGGAACGGCGGCCCCGAUCGCCGCAGAGAAGAACGGCGGCGACACCUUCUUCGCGGAGGAAGACGUUUCUUGGAAGUCUCUCGGCGUCUCUGACCGCCUAUCCCAGUCUUUAUCUAGUAUUGGGUUUCAGAGGCCAUCUCUCGUUCAGGCUGCUUGCAUACCAAAUAUAUUGUCUGGAGCUGAUGUGGUGGUUGCUGCCGAGACUGGUAGUGGCAAAACCCAUGGAUACUUGGUUCCGUUGAUCGAUAAGCUUUCUAAAAGUGGUGGUAUAUCAGGAGGAGGUCUGUUGGAGAGAGAAGCAACAAAGUCCCGUCAACUCUCUCUUGUUCUAUGUCCAAAUGUCAUGCUAUGUGAGCAAGUGGUCAGAAUGGCCAACUGUCUUUGUAACAAUAGUGGCGAACCAUUCCUCAAGGUUGCUGCUGUUUGUGGCCGACAGACUUGGCCAGUGAAAGAACCAGAUGUAAUGGUGUCGACGCCCGCUGCAAUUUUGAAUUAUAUUCACACCGUUGACUCAGAGAAUGGCCACCGCUCUGAUUUUAUACGUAGCUUGACACAUGUGGUUUUUGAUGAGGCAGACAUGCUGCUUUGUGGAAGUUUCCAAAACCAAGUCAUUCGAGUCAUAAAUAUGCUUCGUUUUGAUGAAAAGCAACUGUCCCAUUUAAGCAAUCAUGAAGUUGAGAUGCUGACCAGGCUGAGUCCUGAUUCUCCUUUUGGCUGUGACCAAGAGGAUGUCAAUGGGGACUCGCUAGAAGAUUGCAGCGACAAAGUGGAUGAUGUGGAAGAUGAUUCGAGCGCAACAGAAUCAGAAGUUGACUGCAAGGUUGCCAAGAGAACAGAUUGGCGAAGAGUGAGAAAAACAUAUGAGAGAAGUAAGCAGUAUAUUUUUGUUGCUGCAACACUUCCAGUGAAUGGGAAGAAAACUGCCGGAGGAGUCUUAACACGAAUGUUUCCUGAUGCAUGCUGGGUCAGUGGAAGCUACCUCCAUUGCCACAACCCAAGGUUGAAGCAGAAGUGGAUUGAAGUUACAACAGACACACAGGCCGAUGCUUUAAUAGACUCUGUGAAAAAUGGAACCCAAUCCUCUGGAACACUUAGAACCAUGGUGUUUGCAAACACUGUUGAAGCCGUGGAAGCUGUAGCCAAGAUCUUGACGCGGGUUGGGAUCGAGUGUUUCUGCUACCACCGCAAUUGUUCCCUAGAGGAGCGCGCAGAAAGGCUCGCUGGCUUUCAACAGAGAGGCGGUGUUUUUGUUUGCACAGAUGCUGCUGCCCGUGGUCUUGACGUUCCUAAUGUUUCUGACGUUAUUCAGGCAGAAUUUGCAACAUCUGCUGUAGAUUUCUUGCAUCGGGUGGGUCGUACUGCUAGAGCCGGACAACCUGGGCUUGUGACCAGUCUCUAUACUGAAUCUAACCGGGAUCUUGUGGCUGCUGUUCGUCGAUCUGAAAACACGGGUGAACCAGUGGAGAAGGCCUUUAGUCGAAAAAGAAGCUUCAGAAAUAAACUUAAGAAGAGAGGUUCCAUCAAUAAGAAUGUAGCUGAAGAGCCUCUUCUCUCAUUAUGACAACAAAACAAACAAACACAGAGGUAAGAAUCUCUAAUACACACACACAGAGACACAUACAUUAAUGAUUGGUCAACAGCAGCAACAAGAAGAGAGGUGUUGCUUUUAUUACAGGUAGCAGGAAGAAGAAGAAGAGAGAUAGAGAGGAGCAAAAGGAGGGGGGGGGGAUUGUAGGGUAGGGGUCCCUGGGAGUUAAGGGCACUUGGGCUGGUUGCCAUGUGUGGUCAUGUCAGUGUAGCACCUUGCUGCAGAGGUGGCGGUUGCCAAAGGUGCCAGGUGGGAUGCACUUGCACCUAGUGCAGCAGGUCCCACAUGCUCUACUGCACACAUUUGGCCUUGAAU